UUGAAUAACCAGCGACAGGGAAAUUACACAACUUGUGCAUGUGCUUGUCUUCUGCUUGAGCUGCACCAUCGUAGUGGUCUUGCGCUAUGCAAUAGAAUUGAUGCGCGGUGUUGCCUUAAACUUAUCGGAAUGGCCAAACAUAAGGGGGCAGCUGAUGUUGCCGUGAAAAGCGACACAACAAAGAAACUGAAGCAGAUGGCAAAGACCAAGGGCAGUACUGCAGGGAGAGGAGGAGGAAGAGGAGAGACCGCAGAGAAUGGACGCAAGCAGACCUCGAAGAAACCCACGCCCAGAUCCCAAACCUCCAAGAAGACCAAUGGCUCUAAAAAGAAGCACACCAGCGAGUAUUUUGUGGACCAGCCAAUGAAAGAAGAGGAUGACGAUGAUGACGAUAUCAUAAUUGAUAAUGACUUUGUGCCACCUGCUGCUGUUGUAGCAGCUGUGAAGAAAAAGGACGCCAAAGAGGAAGAUGAUGACGAUAAUUUUGAGGAUGACAGUGAUGAAGAUGGGGACUGGGAGGAAGUGGAAGAGCUUACUGAGCCACUGGGUCCUGCUCCUCCCAUGGAGCCCGUGGUGCCAUCGGAGCCGGUGGAGAUCGAGAUUGAAACGCCAGACCUUGCCCGCAAAAGAAAACAGAAGGAGAAGAGGAAGGCAGAGUUUGAAAGCUACCUGCGGCGAAUGAUGAACCGUUACAACAAAGACAUGAUUGAGGACACACAUAAGGUUCAUGUUCUGUGUUUGCUGGCCAAUGGAAUAUUCCGGAACCGCGUGUGCAGAGAGCCCGAUCUCUUGGCCAUCACUUUCUCACUACUGCCUCCACACGUCGUUGCCACAACACCGGAUCGGGUUGACACAUUGUUUCUCAAUGACCUUGUGAAGUGGUUUGGAACCACGUUCACUGUGAUGCCUGAGCUGCCAGAGGAGAAGGGUGCAGAUCUCAGGGUGGUACUGGAGAGGCGGCUGGGUAGCCUGACCGCAAGGAACCAUGAGGAGAUGACACAUCUCUUCCUGCUGGUCCUGAGGUCACUGCAACUCUUCUGCCGGCUGGUGCUCUCCCUGCAGCCCCUGUCAAUCAAGCCGCCCACUGCCAAGGACAAAGCUAAAGCCUCCAAAUCUGCUGCUGCUGCUGGUAAAAGCCAGGGCACAUCCAAGAAGAGCCCUGCAGAGAAAACGAGCCCAGAUAAAGGAGCCCCAGAAGCCAAGGUGUCCCCGGGCUCCAAGCGCCCCACAGGAACGACGGCGGACAGGGGAGGAAAGAGGAUGAAAAAGAACAAUGGCGCAGGUAAGGCGACCGAGGCAACAACAACGACGACGACAACGACGACGACAGGACAGCGCCCGAAAAACAGCAAGAGGCGCAGCGUGGCGUCCAAAGUCAGCUACAAGGAGGACAGCAGUGGCGAGGAGCGCGGCAGCGAGGACGAGUUCCAACUCAGUAGCGGAGGAGACAGCGAGGAGGAGGAGGAGCUGCAGGGAGGAGGAGGAGCCUCUAAAAAGGGCCGGGGAGGAGGAGGAAAAGGCAAAGGGGCAGCAAAGGGCAAAAGCCGUGCACCAAAGAGGACAAGUGGGGGGAAGAAGAAGGUUAAGAAGGAAGAAGAUGAGGAUGAUGAUUAUGAAGAAGAUGAUGAUGAUGAUGAAGAGGAGGAUGAAGAGACGGGGAAGAGAAGGGGGAGCGGGAAGCAGCAGGGGAAGGGGCACGACGAGUGGCUGGAGGUGUAUCUGGAGGAGGCGGGCCGCUGGGUGUGUGUGGACGUGGAGGAGGGCGUCGGGCAGGUGCAGAGGUGCGCCAACCAGGCCACGCAGCCCAUGGUGUACGUGGUGGGCUUCGACGGGGACGGAUACGCCAAGGACCUGAGCAGCAGGUACGACCCCACCUGGCUCACCUCGGCACGGAAGCGGCGCGCCGACGAGGACUGGUGGGAUGAGACCAUGCAGUUCUACGAAGCGCCUGAUUCAGAGCGGGAGAAGAAGGAGGACAACGAGCUUGAGGCUCGUCUGCUCAGCAAGCCCUUACCCACAUCUGUGGCGGCGUUCAAGAACCACCCCCUUUACGUCCUGAAGAGGCACCUGUUGAAGUACGAGGCCCUCUACCCAGCCACGGCAGCCAUCUUGGGUUACUGCCGGGGGGAGCCAGUAUACUCCAGGGAUUGUGUACACACGUUACACUCCAGAGACACAUGGCUGAAAGAGGCACGGACUGUCCGUCUCGGAGAACAGCCAUACAAAAUGGUGAAGGGUUUCUCCAACCGCUCUCGGAAGGUGCGCAUGGCGUCCGAGACCAAGGAAGAGAAAGACCUCCCUCUGUUCGGGGAGUGGCAGACAGAGGAGUACCAACCGCCCCUGGCUAUAGAUGGAAAGGUUCCCCGCAAUGACUUUGGGAAUGUAUACAUGUUCAAGCCUUGCAUGUUGCCCAUUGGCUGUGCUCACGUACGGCUGCCAAAUCUGCACCGGGUGGCCAGAAAGCUUGACAUCGACUGUGCCUUGGCAGUGACCGGAUUUGACUUCCACGGCGGUUACUCCCAUGCAGUUACGGAUGGAUACAUUAUUUGUGAGGAACAUGAAGAAGUCCUAAGAGCUGCAUGGGAAAAUGAACAAGAGAUUCAACAGAAAAAGGAGCAAGAGAAGCGGGAGAAGCGUGCCAUGGGCAACUGGACUCUGCUGGUGAAAGGUCUUUUGAUCCGAGAGAGGCUGAAGCGUCGCUAUGGGCAACCCAGCCAGCCACGAUCAGGGAUUGGGCAGGGUGAGCAGGCAGAGGUGGAUGGACUGUCUUCUGGGGAAGAGGAAGAGGAAAAGGGCAGUGGACUGUCGGCGGAGCCCCCUUCUCUGGCCUGCUCCUGGCCUCAGAACAGGCAGGACGAACAGGAGAAAGGGACGUCUAAGAAAGCCGUCAGCAAACGAGAGAAGCGUGGCCAGGAAAAGAGCCUUUUCCCCUUUGAAAAUGUUUAAAUCGUUCAUUGUGUUUGUCUGUUAUAUCUGUCAUCCAUGCUAUGUAAAAAAAAAUCUUAAUAGGCUUGUCUACGUCUUUUGAAACCCUGUAUUCAGAGGAAAUGGUUCAUUACCCACUUCAUUAUCAUCUCACUGAUGACACUCCGGACCCUUCAGAUGAUCCAUCUGUACUCACAGUUGUGAAUAAUGGUGCGAGUAGCCUGUCACUUUCGUUAAUUUGAAUGUUUGUGUCGUCAAAAAAAUCCUAAAUGUAAAUCUUUUCUCAUGUGGCAGAUCACACUAUUUUUGUAGGAUAAAUAUUUCACUGAUUUUUUUGCAAAUAAAUGUAUCUGAACUUGA